AUGGCCAGUGUCCUGUUUGGUGCGCCAUUUUAUGCGGGGAGGCACGAGCGCGCCGAGGAGGACGCGGCGCAUGUGCGACUGAACGCGGCACGCUAUGUAGAUGCACUUGAACGCCUGAGCAGCGCCGAGGUGCAGCGCCGUGCAGCGCAGCCAUGGGGCGACGAUGCGGCGCGCUGGAAAGUGGCCGAGUUGCUUGCGUCGGUACGGCACGCCGAGACAUUGGUGAGGAUGCUUGGGGAUGAUGAGAGCACUGAGUCACUGCUUGCGCGGCUAGCGCUUGUUCAGGGUGGUGUAGAGAGCAUGGCGCAGGCUCCGGCCGCGCAAAAGACGCAGCAAGCACGGCGGAUCGAAGAGUACUGGGACGACUAUUUGUACAGCGGACUGGAGACGCGCGAUGCCAGCGAGGAGACACAGCAUGUCGAAUAUGUGCCGCUAUCUGACGAAACAAUGGAAGAAGAGUACGGCUCAAACGCCCCUGUAGCGCCCGCUGCGCCCACUGCGCCCGCUGCGAAUAUCGAGCCUACGCUGCAAUCGGACCGCAAGAUCCACGAUGCACUUUCCAACGAGCUAUUGCGCAUGGCCGGCGUGUUGAAGCGCAAUACUGCUGCAUUUGCUCAAGCGAUGGAGCACGACCGUGUUCUUGUCGAGCAAGCAGGAACACGCCUGGACCAGAAUUUGUCGCUCAUGACGCGCACACGCGGCCAGCUCGGUGCGUUUAGCAAAAAAGCGCGGAAUAUGGGAUGGUUCACACUUGGAAGCAUCGUCGCAGUCAUGCUCAGCUGGGCAUUGAUGUUUGUGGUGAUCCGAUUGACAUGA